AUGAGCACCAGAGGUGAAACUGUACUGUUUCACAUGGGUUUGUUCAAAACCAUAUCUCCGGUGAAUCAAUUCUAGGGGCAUUUUUUGGUUUAUUUUUGCUAUGCAUUUACCGAUGGUAACUGCAUAAUAUUCUGGCAUGACGUGCCUUACAAAAGCUGCUCAACAUAUUAACUUUAUAUAUAUCAUCAUACAGUUUAAGUGUGCACAUAAGCAACGUUUAUGACUAUAGUUUUUGUAAAGAUGAAGCUGUGUUGGCAGAUGAAUAAUUAGCACAAUGAAGUAAAGGACAAGGAGGAUAAAUGCAUUACAAAAGAUUUGAGUAACCUUACUACGACUCACCAUGGUUCCACUAAAGUAUAUCUCUACAUCAUGCUGGACUCUAUUGAUGGGACAAAAAAUGGUGUUUCAAAAAAUAACUCUCCGCUCCAUGGCUAUUUGUCACAGUGAUCAGGCUAACCAAACAUUAGGACAACAAAAUACACCACCUGAGUUAGCAGGCUGCGUGCAGAAGCAAAAUAUUGUGCUCAAAACUCCCAAGGGCACUCACGAUGUUAACCCCAAACAAAUGGCAGUGCGAGAGAAAGUCUUCAAAACUAUUGUGAAUUGCUUUAAACGACAUGGCGCUGAGAGUAUUGACACUCCGGUUUUUGAGCUGAAGGAAACACUGGUGGGUAAAUAUGGAGAGGACGCUAAACUCAUCUAUGAUCUGAAGGACCAGGGAGGGGAGCUUCUGUCCUUGCGAUAUGAUCUGACUGUUCCUUUUGCUCGUUUUCUGGCUAUGAACAAAAUAAAUAAUAUGAAGCGAUAUCACAUUGCCAAGGUGUACAGACGAGACAAUCCUGCUAGAGGGCGCUACCGAGAGUUCUAUCAGUGUGAUUUUGACAUUGCCGGCCAGUAUGACCCAAUGAUUCCUGAUGCGGAGUGUCUGAAGAUUGUGCACGAGAUACUGAGUGAGCUGCAGCUGGGAGAGUUUCUCAUUAAGGUAAAUGACAGGAGGCUUCUCGAGGGUAUUCUGACAGUCUGUGGUGUCCCAGGCAACAAAUUUAGAACAGUUUGCUCUUCCAUUGACAAGUUGGACAAGAUCCCUUGGGAGGACAUCAGGACUGAAAUGAUUGAGGACAAGAAUCUCACACCAGAAGCCGUAGAGCAGAUUGGUGAAUACAUCAGACUUAGCGGUGGAUUGGAUUUAAUUGAGCACUUGCUGGAGGAUCCAAAACUUUCUCAGAAUAAGCUGGCAGUGGGAGGACUGAGAGACAUGAAGCUGCUGUAUAAGUACUUGGAGCUGUUAGAUGUGAGAGACAAGAUCUCCUUUGACCUUGGUCUUGCCCGAGGAUUGGAUUAUUACACAGGAGUGAUAUAUGAGGCUGUGAUGAUCAAGAAUCAGGGAAGGCCUCAUUAUGAUAUGGAGAAGAUGGUCAACAUAGGCAGUGUGGCUGCAGGAGGACGCUAUGAUGACCUUGUGGGAAUGUUUGAUCCGAAAGGCAAGAAAGUACCUUGCGUGGGGAUCAGUAUUGGAGUUGAGAGGAUAUUUUCCAUUAUUGACAAAAAGAAAAAAGCUUCCAAAGAGGAGAUCCGUUCCACAGAGACACAAAUCCUUGUGGCAACAGCACAAAAAAUGUUAAUUGAUGAAAAAUUAAAGCUUAUUUCAAUACUUUGGAAUUCAGGAAUUAAAGCAGAAAUAUUUUACAAGAAGGAUCCAAAGUUUUUGAGUCAGCUGCAUUACUGCGAAGAGAAGGGAAUCCCUCUUGUGGCCAUUAUUGGGGAAGAUGAACUGAAAGCUGGUGUUGUAAAGCUGAGAGUUGUUGCAACAAGAGAAGAGAUUAGUAUCUCCAGAGAAAAUCUAGUUGCAGAAAUCAGGAGAAGGACCAACUGACCUAUAUGUAUAGAAUUCAGGAAUCCUUAAAUUAAAAAUCAGUCUUCCAGGAAGACAUGACACAUUUAAAGGAUCAUGUUAGACAAGAUAUAGAUAUAUUAAAACUUUUGUAGCAUGUGUACAGCCAUAUUAAUGCACCAGUGUCGUUUCUUGCAUAUAAAUACAUCAGGAAGAGAUACAUUUUCAUGCUAAAAUUCAGGAGUUUUUAUAAAAAUAAAUAAAUAAAACUGUUUUGGGGGGGUUUUCGCUUUAAAUUCUACAGACAAAUAAGAACAUAACAUUUAUUAACUUUUAAUGCACACUAUGCCAGAAAAUGUAUAAAGAUAAAUAAAAAUGGUGUUACAUAUAUUAUUAA